UUGCUAGAAAAAAUUUCACCGAUGCAACGUGGAACUACCGGUGACGGGGGUGGUGGACUUUCCCGUUUCCGGUCAGCUCCGGCGACAUGGUUAGAAGCUCUACUUGAAUCCGACACUGAGAGCGAAGUUAUUCUUAACCCUUCUUCUCCCAUUUUACACACUCCCAAUAAACCACCACCUCACCCAUCAACUCCGAAGCUUAAGCUGGAAACCGGCGGAGCUACUAGGUUCACUGGCGAUCCGGGUCUGUUUGAAUCCGGUGGUAGUAGCAAUUUUCUCAGGCAGAAUAGUUCUCCGGCGGAGUUUCUUUCACAUAUCAGCUCUGAUGGUUACUUCUCAAACUAUGGAAUUCCGUCCAGUUUGGACUAUCUUUCUCCAUCCGUUGAUGUUUCGCAGUCCGCUAAGCGAACCCGAGACGAUGAUUCCGAAAGUUCCCCCAGAAAAUUAGUAUCCCAGUUGAAAGGAGAGUCAAGUGGGCAGUUACAUGGUUCUGGUGGGUCACUGGAUGCUGAAAUGGAGAAUCUCAUGGAUGAUUUGGUGCCUUGUAAGGUUCGAGCAAAGCGUGGCUGUGCUACCCAUCCUCGCAGCAUAGCGGAGCGGGUUCGUCGAACGCGUAUAAGUGACAGAAUUAGGAAGCUUCAGGAACUGGUGCCAAAUAUGGACAAGCAAACCAACACAGCCGACAUGUUGGAAGAAGCAGUCGAAUACGUCAAGUUUCUGCAGAGGCAGAUUCAGGAACUUACGGAGCAUCAGAAGAAAUGCACGUGCUCAAUGAAAGAUCAAUAAUGAGAAGAAGAGAGCUCCACUAGAGUAUAUAGGCAAUAGUUUGGUUAGUUGCAUGCAGUUUAGAAAUGGUAAUUCACUCCUAUAUAUCCUAUUCUUCUUCAUGUGUAGAUAUUAAUGGAAAUUUGCAAGAGCUUUGCUACUUUAGAAUCCAGAGUCAGCUUUGGCUUUUAAUUAUUAAAUUUAGGUUGUACACUUUUCUGGUGCAGUUGUAUCAUGUUGUAUAUGUAGUGUCAAUUUGCUUAAUAGUCAAAUUUCUGCAGCAGAAACACUUCACUUUCUGAAGAUGUAAUCAUGAUUUGCAGAUCCGUCAUGUUAAAAUCAAUAUAUAUCGUUGCAUCAGUGUGAAGUUUAAU